AUGGAGCCAGAGAAGGCCACCAGCAAGCCUCUGCUGGACACGACGAUGAUACUCCUGGACAAAGCUCAGGCCAAGCAAAAUCGAGGGCACGAAACGACGUCAGGUGACCUCGGCCACGACCGACGCGUUGGGGACCACGAGGAUCCGACGUCUCUAACUGCAUUAUCUUCAUCUUCAUCUUUUACCUCUACGCCGCCAUCUUCGCCACAACUGAGCUCCUGGCGAUCCGCGGGGGCGAGCGGCGGCGGGCGGCUGUUCCCCGUGGUGCAGUACCUGCGCGAGGAACUCGGGUCGGACUACCUCCCGCCCGACCCCACCCUCCUCCUCAAGCAGCGCGAGAUACACAACUUCUUCCAGGCACCCAUCGGCCUCGAAAAGUUAUUGUUUCUGGGGUUCUUUAUAUGCCUGGACUCGUUCCUGUUCGUCUUUACAUUCCUUCCUCCGCGCGUGUUUCUGGGCACGCUGCGCCUCGUCUGGGCUCUCUUCACCGGACGGCCAGUGAAGGCGACGUCCAAGUACGACCUCAUGCGUGGCGCAAUUCUGCUCGGGUCGUGCUGGGUGCUGGCGCACAUCGACAUCAGCAUGGCCUACCACUACAUCCGCGGCCAGGCCGUCUUCAAACUCUACGUCAUCUUCAACCUGCUCGAGGUGGUGGACAAGUUGUGCUGCGCGUUCGGGCAGGACAUAUUCGACGCCCUCUUCAGCCGCGUGAAUGCGUCGACCCGGGCGUCGUCCACGCUCCACUCCAUCUUCUUCCUCUUCCCCCAUUUCCUCAUCGCCGCCGCCUACAAUGGUUCGUGCCACUCUCAGGACCUAAAGACGCAUCAAAUGCUUACCGCUGCUAUUCGCGUGGUGCUGCUCGACAGAUGA